CAAAUUAGCAUGUCUUCCUCUUUCCAUAAAUAAUCUGACAUCUUUUUGACUGCACUCUCCACCACACCCUGCUUGAUUUUCGUCUCUAAUCUGUGUUCUCACCCCAACUCAGCCUCCACCUUCCACAAGUACCCUAAAUGUCACCAGUCAGUCCCACACUAGUCUUCGUGUUCUCGUGCUGUCUGGCUCCUCGGACGUUAUCUCCUGCUCACAACUUUGGAAACCAACAAUGCUGUGAGCAGUCUGCUAGCUUCCUGUCAUUCCAGCGCAGAUAGUUUUAAAGUCAAACAAGCUAAAGGCAAUACAGACUUCCUGUUAUACCUCCAGCAUCCUGAAUGUAAAUGUGCCAAUGGAUCUCCCUCUCAUGAAAACUUCACAGCUGCUUUGAAAGUGCAAGACCUUAUAAUCAGCCUGUUAACUCUGUGGCCGACCCAGUGGAUUUUUUCUAUUCAACAGGAAAUUUACUAAAGAGGCAUGGAUUCUGGCAGCUCCACUAAGACUGUCCUGGUCCUUUUCUUUUGCCUAGUAGGCCUGAUUUUUUUGCUGAUCUUCUUGUACAAGAAGUUGAACAAAGAGGCUAAUGGAGAAUACACCAUCCGUCGCAUGGUUUAUAAGGAAGGAGGGGUCAGGGACCGGGUGAGGGGCGCAGCAUUAGCUCUGGAGACACGUCUCGGAGUCCAGAUAUGGCCUCGAGGUGAUUCAGAGGAGGAUGGAGAGGAAAUGCAGGAGGUCCAGGAUGAGGAGGGACAGGUGGAGGAGGGCGGGAGCCAGGGGAGCGACAGCGAGAGAGAAGACCAGGAUGAGGACGAGGAGGAGGAGGAGGGGAAUAAUGGGGAGCACUGUAGCAAGACAGAGGGAAAAGGAGAUGACACCCCAGCUGAUAACACAAGUGUGGAGGGUUCGGAGCCAGAUGAGGAGACCAGGCUAACGGACAAGCCAGAGGCAAAGGAAGAGGAGGAGAAGAGGGAGGAGAAAGUAGGAGAAGGGGCAGGUAAAGGGGAAGCAAGUGGAGGGGCUGGACUGUUGAUAGACCUAAAGCAGUUCUCUGGAAGUGCCAUCUGGUCUGAAGAAGGUGAGGGUAAGGAUGUGACUGCACUGUGAGUACAGAAAUAUGAAAUACAAAAAAGGAAAUAGGAGAAGCCUUCUGACAGGAAUACAAUUUUGAUGUAGAAAUACCUAUAAAACAUCCAUCUUGUGUACAUUUUUAAUUACAGAAUGCAAACUAAAAAAAAAAAAAAACCUAGACACAAUAAAGAAAAUGGCAGCUGUGGCCAUGGUCUGAAUUCCACUUCCUGUUGAGGCAUUGUGAUAGAAGGCUGAUGAAUGAAGCUGUUGAAGGUUUACUUUCUUUAUUGUAAAACUGACUCAGUCAGUUAAGAAAUUAAACUUUGUAUUAUUGUGUCAGCCUGUUGCAUGCCGUGUAUUGUGAAGUGUAGCGUAUGUUUUUUAUGUUUACGCUUUAAUUUUUUCUUUAUUAUACUGUAAAAAUAAAAACAGAAAAAUAAAAACAGACUUUAAUGUGUUCUUUUUCAAUUAAUCUAUUAAUUUGAAAAACAUCACCUUUGACCCUGGGAAUAUGUUUUUUUCAUUAUUUUUCCCUGCAUAUAAUGGACCAAAUGACUAAUUGAGCAGGCAAUUAGCAAAUUAUCACUAAUGAAAUGAACAGUUAGUUACAGUCUUGGUCAUAUCACUGUAGGUAGGAGUUAAACUUUCCAUUAAGUGACAUUUCAGAAAAGGUGGUAAUGCUACAUAGUUGCCUAAAGUGUGGUUUUAUGAAAAGUUCAACAUCAGUCACACAGUGUAUUAAAUGUAUAACAUAACUGUAACAUUAAGUUCUGUAUAUGUAUAAUGUUUGACAUGACAAAUAAACUUUUUUUUUU